AUUCCUGGAGCAUAACAUGUUCGGUUUCACUAUCACAUACACAACCACACACUGUAAAUAAUGUCGCACUGAUUUCAAUUUAAACGACUGGCUAGGCUGUGUCAGCGUUACCGGAUCUUCUCGUGUUCCCCCACUCUUUCGCCUGUGAUCAUCGGUAUUAUUUCCAGCGGGAUUAUAGUUCACGGGUUGGCGGCUGUCUAUCCAUUAACCGGCUGUGUUGCAGAGUGGAGUCAGUACUGGCUUCAGCAGAGCCCAUUCGACAAUGUCAAAUAAACACCGUCUUCACUAAUAGCACCACGAAAGAAUAACCGCUUUCCAAUUUCGAAGACGGACGGGAUAAAACCGGGAUAUUGAAACGUCAGCUCUUUAUGUGUAUUCAGUUCAUCCAUCCCUCUCAAAAGGUCAUGAAGGCUCCUUAUUCCUGGUCCUAUUGACCCCUGACAACCUUCUGACCUUUGACGUGUGUUCCUGUCAUCAAUUCACUCCUGCUAUGCAGUCAUGAGCUCUGCUCUAUGGAGCCAGGAGAAGCCUGCAGGCAGUUUCCGGGAUGACUGGCGCUUCUACAUUGUGGUGAAGGAGUGCACUGUGGAAAAGCCAGGCCAGAAGACCCUGCGCAUCCCACGCGGCAGCCUUGGUCAGGCGUGCCAGGAACGCAACAGCCUUGGCCGCACAAUCCCGCCUAGCAAGGGGAAGCGCAGCCUCCGGAUCCUGGAUCAGACAAAUGUAGUGUUGAGCCUGGAUGAGCGGGAUGUGAUGGAGCUGGAGGAGAAGCUCGCCGAGCUUCUGUUCCCUAUCACCAACUGUGAGGAGCGUUACAGCCUGCUGUGUAACAGAGCACGUCUGGACAGGGCCCGUGACAUCGGCUGCGGAUCGAAAGUGCGAGUGCAGCUGAGGUCUGGCGAUGAACCACUUCCAGGCGUGGUUCGCUUUAAAGGAGCCUUGCUGCCUGACCGAGCACUGAGCGGCAUCUGGUUUGGUGUUGAAUUGCUGGAGGAGGGCCGGGGUCAGGGUUUCACUGAGGGCUCUUAUCAGGGUCAGCAGCUGUUUCGAUGUGAAGAUGAAUGCGGUGUUUUUGUUGCAUUGGAUAAACUUGAGCUCUGGGAAGAUGAAGAGCUUGAGGUGGAUCGUGUGACACUGGUAGAUAAUGACCCGGAAGUGGAAGGCGAUGUCCCGCCACUGGAGAUCAGCUCUAGAGUAUUAGUGCAGACACGGGAUGGCCCAGAAAGGGGAACUGUUAUCUUCUGUGAUUUACUGCCUGGCAACGAGAGUCUCGGAUAUUACGUUGGUGUUGAUAUGGACAAUCCCAUUGGAGACUGGGACGGGAUCAUCAACGGCAAACUGCUGUGUGAUUUUGCCAGUCUUGAACACACCCGUCUCGUCCCCAUCUGUGAUGUGAUGCCAGAAUACUCCAUGCAGGAUCCGAGGCUGCCCAAAGUCUUUGCCAGCAGUGACAAGCCUGGCAGCCAGAGCAAACCAAAGAGCAAAGGAUUAGGCCUGCAGACUGGCAGCAGGAGCAAGUCUGAGUUUUAUUAUACGUUAAAUGGCAGCUCGGUCGAUCACCCCGCUCAGUCCAAAGCCAAAAGCUCAUGGUACAUAGAUGAAGUUGGUGAGGACCCGGCCAAGUCAUUGACAGACAUGCCCCCAGACUUCAACCUGGCCUCAUCCCCCUCUCGAGCUCCUCCUGCAACCACCUCACUGUCCAAUGAUAACAAGUUCCACUCUUUGCCCUUCAGUUUGAGCCGCAAAGUUGGCCCCAAUGGGAGCAUGAGCCACGGCCCCCUGUCACUGUCUGCAGGCUCAGUGAUGGGGGAGCAGCAGGAGGUCUCGCCACCUGCAGUCACGCCUGCCCAGAGGCCACCGUCGCCCCCACAAGGUCAGCCAGGGUUAGAGGUCGGGUCAAUGGUGGAGGUUAAAGAGAACCCACCAUUGUGUGGGGUCAUUCGCUGGGUUGGUCUACCUCCAGGACUACAGGAGCCACUUGCUGGGCUAGAGCUGGAGGAGGAGUGUGUGGGCUGCACUGAUGGCACAUUUAAAGGGAUACGUUAUUUCACAUGUCCACCCAAGAAAGCUCUGUUUGUCAAACUUAAAUGCUGCAGGCCUGACUCACGAUUUCCAUCCUUACAUCAUUCACCCAACCCCAUCGAACGAUGCAACUCCAUAGCAUUUGGGGGUUACCUGAGUGAAGUAGUUAACGAGAACACUCCUCCUCGGACGGAGAAUGACAGCUUAGAGGUGAUGGUGGGAAAGAAGAAAGGAAUUCAAGGACAUUAUAACUCCUGCUAUCUAGACUCCACUCUAUUUUGUCUUUUUUCUUUUAGUUCUGUGUUGGAUACGGUGCUUCUGAGGCCCAGAUCUAAGACUGAUGUGGAAUACUACAAAGAGACACAAGAGUUACUACGCACAGAAAUAGUCAACCCACUGCGGAUACAUGGGUAUGUGUGUGCCACUAAAAUCAUGAAACUUAGGAGGAUAUUGGAGAAAGUGGAGGCAGCGUCAGGAUUCACUUCAGAAGAGAAGGAUCCAGAGGAAUUCCUCAACAUACUGUUUCAUCACAUCCUGAGAGUUGACCCACUUCUCAAACUACGGUCUGCAGGGCAGAAGGUGCAGGACUCUUACUUCUAUCAAAUCUUUAUGGAUAAGAAAGAUAAAGUGCUGGUGCCAACCAGCCAGCAACUACUAGAAUGGUCCUUCAUCAACAGUGACCUCAAAUUUGCAGAGGCCCCCUCUUGCCUUAUAAUCCAGAUGCCUCGCUUUGGAAAGGACUUUAAGAUGUUUAAUAAGAUCUUUCCUUCCCUGGAGCUUGACAUCACAGAUCUAUUAGAUGACAGUGAGUCAGUUCAACAUCUCACUCCAAGAGAAUGUCGAAUUUGUGGUGGUUUAGCUCUUUAUGAGUGCAGAGAGUGCUACGAAGAUGGUGGCAUCACACCAGGAAAGAUUAAGCAGUUCUGUGAAAAGUGCAAUACACAGGUACAUCUGCACCCACGGCGUAAGGCUCAUCGGUAUGUUAAGUUAUCUGUCCCUAAAGAGCUGCUGGAGUCAGCAUGGAGACAAGGUUCUUACCCUCAACAGCAGAUGGAGCUGUUUGCUGUGCUCUGCAUUGAGACAAGCCACUAUGUCGCCUUCGUGAAAUACGGAUCCGCAGACUCUGCCUGGCUCUUCUUCGACAGUAUGGCUGAUCGUGAUGGUGGCCAGAAUGGGUUUAACAUCCCACAGGUGUCCCCAUGUCCAGAAGUAGGGGCCUACCUGAAGAUGACCCCUGAGGAGCUUCAUGCGCUGGACCCCAAGAACAUCCAGGGCUAUGCCCGCAGACUUCUCUGUGAUGCUUAUAUGUGCAUGUACCAGAGUCCUACUAUGAGCCUCUAUAAAUAGAGAGGGGGAAAUAGAGAAAGGAGGACAGAAAGGCAGAAAAGCAAAAAGGGGGAAUGGCAGAGAAUGAGAGAGAUGAUAGAAAGAGGGAACCGAGGAAAGUACACAAGCAGGGGGCUGUGGUACAGGAAAGUGUGAUGGUGCCCAGUAAGACGCACACCUACGAACCCUCGAGAUCGAACAAACCACGUACAGCCCUUCCAGUCGCCUCAUCCUCUUUUCUGCAUCUCUCUGUAUGUACUGCAGAGUAAAUACGUGCAUGAGAGUGAGGGAGAGUUCAAGAGAACGAAAGGAAAAAAGCCUUUUUGCACUGAGUGAGAGCGUAUAUGUUUGUGUGUGUUUGUUGAAGUGUUGUUUUCUCUUAUUUGUGCUGUCUUUGGCUGAGCUCAAACACUUGAGUGUGUCUCACUCCCGUCAUGUUGUUUGAGCAUGGAGAGAAUCCACACUCUUUCCAGCCCUCAGGCAUAUCGCAGACACUCACUCACUGGAUGGCUUCAUAUUCUCCAUCUACCACCAGAACUGACCCCUCUAAACAACAACACAUUCAUCCCCUGUAAAUUAUGCUGCGGAAGAAUGACCAAAACCUCUUCCCCUCUGUCUGAACACUUCCACUCUUAUCCCUUAACCCAUCUAAUGCACUGCAGCAUCCAGCAUUAAUUAUCGUGCAGAUGCAUUAUGUGUCUAGUCCCUGUUUUUUGCCUCUAUAGUUUGCUGUGAAGUCUUUGUCUGGUGUUUUCAUAUACUGCAAAGCCCUUGACUGCCACGCACUGGUCACAAAUCAAGACCGAAGAAUGAGAUGGUGAUUGGAAAAAGCACACAAAUAUUUUUGGAAUAUAGUUUUGUUUUAUUUUGUAUUUAUUUAUUUUUUUUUAAUUAUGAAUAUGAUUGAGCUUUGUCUUGUUGAAAUAGGAAGUACAUCUAAAGUAUUGGCUUUUCCAUUACUUGGUUUAUAUAAAUAUUGAUAUGUUAUUUUAAAUUAUUGCAAAAAUAAUAACAGUUCCCCAGGCCAUGCUUCUCUGAGGUCUUCAACAGCUAGGGUGUGCAAAAAAAAGAAAAAAAAAAAAAUCUACUGAAUUACAGAUACAGGUCAAAACUUGCAAGAUAAAAUAAUAUAAAGUGUUAUGAUAUUCCAUAAGUUACAAUUUUCCAGUCAGUGACAUGUAAAACAUGUUAAAAGAUCUAUGAUUAAAUAUUCUGGGUUCAAUACAAGUGAAACUCAUUUGACAGCAUUUGUGCAAUAAUGUUGAUCACUACGAAAAAAUAGUUUUAACUCAGCCCUUGUUUAUUUAAAAAUCUUGGUUCGAGUAAGGCACUUACAAUGGAAGUAAAUAAACAUUCAAGUACACAUAGUUUCAAAAGUAUAGUCACAAGAUGUAAACAUUAUAUGUAUUAACAUGAUUUUAGUGUGAUUAAAUCACUGAAAGGAUUUACAGUAAGUCAUUGUAGCAACAAAGUUUUAAUAUAGGAUAUAAUUUUACACAGAAAAGGUAAGUGAUUUUAUCACUCUAAAAUCUCAUUGACACGUAUAAUGUUAAUGUAUUGUUUCUAUACACUUAAAACAAUGUGCAUUUUAAUGUUUACGGACUGGCCUACUUCACUUCCAUUGUAAGUGAACUUAAAUAACUGAGUGACAAUUUGAAAAAUAUUUUUGUGGUAAUAAUGCCACAAAUGCUGUCGGUUGAGUUUAACUUGAAUUGAAACCCAUAAUAUUACUUUUAAAUGUGUUGUUUGUAUAUGAAGUGCUCUGGUCAGAGUGUUAAAUUAAGAGGCUGACUCGGCAAGAGCUGUCUCAAUCUAUACUGCUGUGCCGUUGGCUAAUCCGCAGUAACACUGUCCAUUGAGAUACUGGCUUAAUGUAUAGUGCACACUUUUGCUAAAGGUUACUGGAUUGUUUACACAGACCUGGUUUAUACUGAAGAAUUCUCUCAGAAUUAGAAAAUGAAAGUGACUCAUUACUCGGCACAUAUAUUGGGAUUGUUUUUUAAUCUCUGCUGAUGUAACUGUACACUGUGGGAGAGAUUCUCUGUGAGAGGCUGUAAUGGGAGAACAGAUGAAGACUGGUGUACUUGUAUAAAAUUAAGCCAGGUGGACUUUAUCAUCUCUGUGCUGUUCUCUUAAAUGUUAACUAAAUUAAAAUGCCAUUUUAAAAACGUGCUGUGAUGGCUGCAUUGCUUUUAAUUCGUUUAAAAUGAUGUGCGUUUAAAUGUGUGAUUUUUAUUUUAUAUUUUUCCUUCAUUUUUAGCAGUGAAGACAAAGAAUUAGGCAAGUUUCACGACAAGCAGAAGGAAGGAGAGCAGGACUGGGUGUGUGUGUGUGAAGUGAAUAUUUACCUUGAAAUGUUGACGAUGUGCCACCAAGCUGUGAGAAUCUCUGUCUUCACAUGUCACAGAGAUGUGUGCUAUGUUUUGAUCUUUGAUGCCAGCAGUGUUUUUUUUGGUUUUUUUAACCUUCCAAGUGUGUGAGAGUGUGGGUCAGAGUGUUUGUAGACAGCCUUCAACAGGCAGAUGGGUGGAGGUCUAUUCAUUUAGAUGUCCAUUGCUUUUCAGUGUUGUCAUAAGUCUGAGAGUUUGUGUGGGGAUUUGUCUACUGCCAGCAGUGCUGCUUUCACCUGUCACCUGUGUGUAUCUCAUUAACAUGGUGUCAUGGCCACAAAUACACCAACACUGGACAGAUGGGGCUGAUCUAUAGUGAAGUCUCAGCAGUUGGAGACACACACACGCACACACACCAUUUAAGUCUCCGCCCUGGCUCUACACUGAUGACUUCAUAUGGUCACAGUCGUAACAUGUUUGGUAUUACCAGAACAGUGAGCAAUAUCAUUUUCCCAAAUUGGCCAAAUCCCUGAUCAGCCACAGUAAAUCAGUUCAUGUGUCUUUAUAAAUGUGACCACAUCUCUUGUUUUUCACAAAUAAAAAUGUUAAAUGUGUGUACUCCAUCUUCAGAACUCAAAACACACACCACUGCUACUUAGCCUUGUCAUUUCAUGUGCACUUCCAGCAUGCAAACUGCACAAUUGUCAUGCCAUUGUUUGCCAUCACAACAGCUGGCACACAAUGCUCUAUUGUAGCUUAACGCUGUAACAUAUGCCUGCCAUGUGCCUCAUUCUAAUUUAGCCUACGUUUGCGGUGCUACCUGACCAGAUGGAGAGCAGUAUUGCCAUUCUCACCAUUAGAGUAUAGCCUCGGGGGUGUGAAUCUCAAAUAAAAUCAAAGCAUAUGGAUUCUUCCUCUGUCUUUUGAUAAACAGAAGACCUACCGUUGUCAGAGGUUUACCUUAGAGCCUCCCAAUGAGAGUUCAGGAAUAUAAUGAUUAGUUCAUUUUGUGUGCUCUGGCUGUGUAGGACUAUGAAUUGUUUAUGCACAGUACAGCAAUAGACCUUAUUCCAACUAGCACCAUAUUUGAGUUUGGAUGGGAAUGAAGACGAGGCUGUGAGGGAUCACUUGCACUUUCUUAAAUGGCACGCACUGCAUAAAACAAUAUAUGUAAAGGUCCUGGAUCACAUCUAAUUUUCACAGCUUGUGUUUAUUGUAUACUAAAAUUUUUUUUUUUUUUUUUUUUUUUUUGGAAAGAUGUACAGUAUUUUCAAUGAUUCAUCAGCUAAAUGAGAAAUGGCAAGUUUAAAUUAAAGUCUAUCCCUCACAGACUUGUUUUUUAUUUCCAUCACACAUCAAAUAUGGUGCUACUCUAAAUAAGGUAUAUAGUGAUUUGAAGCAUCAGAGCCACUGUCUUCUGCUUGAUAAAAGAAAAAGUUAUGUUGUAAAUCAAGAAAAAGGGACCCAAAAUGCCUUGCAAACAAUUAUCACUUGAAUUUUUCCCAAAGCAAUGCAUUUGAACACAUCUUUCACAGGUUGACAAAAUACUCAUGGUCUUUGACAUUCAGCUUUGCCAAUAAUAAGAGUAAUUCUCCUGUGACCACUUCUGUUCUGGUUUUGAAGCACUCUGAUUUUAUGACUGCAUACGUCACUCACUAUGUCAGUAUGUUACUGCGUGUUGACAGCAUAAAAAAAAGUCAAGAAAAUAAAAAAUGGUGCACCAUUUCAAGUAUUA